AUGCCAAUUAAACUCCUUAAACUACUUCAAUUUUUUCUUUAUUUUGCUGUAAUUACCUGUUUUCUAAUUGGUUUACAUAGUUAUUUCUAUCGUGUCGAAGUAAAUUACUGCGAAAUGACCUACAUGUAUGAAUAUCCUGAUUAUCGCCCAAUUCCAGUUUCAAAUUCAAUUCAACUAAAAUAUCCAAGAUAUCAUUUAUAUUUUUAUUGUGAAGGUAUUGGCUGUGAUAUUUAUCGCAAACAAACAUUUAACGGUAUGCCCGUUUUAUUUAUUGUUGGUAAUGCUGAUUCCUAUCGUCAAGUACGUUCAUUAGCAUCAGUCGCUUAUCGUAUGGGUCAAAAUUAUAAUAAACAACUCGAUUAUUUUUCAAUUGAUUUUAAUGAAGAAUUAUCAGCAUUAUUUGGUGGAGUUUUAAAACAGCAAACAGAAUUUGUUAUAUAUUCGAUUCAAACAAUUUUAAAACUUUAUCAAAAACAAAAGUCACAAGUGAAACCAACACAUGUGAUACUAGUUGGUAACUCAAUUGGUGGAUUAUUAGCACGAGCAAUAUUUGUCGAAUCAGCGAAUAUAUUUGAUCCUAGUACAGUACAAAUAAUUAUCACACAAGCAACACCUCAUCAAGCACCUGUGAUCAAUUAUGAUAGCUAUUUAGUUCAAUUUUAUCAAAAUGUCAAUAACUAUUGGAAGAGAGAAUGGAAUAAUACAUUAAAACAUGUUGUACUUCUUUCACUGGCUGGAGGAGAUCGUGAUUUAUGUUCACUUCAUGGUUUAACAGAUGAAACACGUUCAAUCGAUGUUUUAACAACAGCUAUUCCACAAGUAUGGACAUCAACAGAUCAUCGUUGUAUUGUAUGGUGUAGACAAUUAGUGUUAACAACAACGAGAGCUUUAUUUGAAUUAAUAAAAGUCGGUACAAAUAUUUUAGAUAAAAGCACAAUGGACAUUAUGAGUAUUUUCAAACAACAUUUUUCACCUACAUUAUCGGAUAUAAAUGCUGAUUUACUUAUACCAACUGGACAUAUUUCGUUGGAUAAUCCAAUUACGUUAGAUAAAUCAGUGACAGAAGUCAAACAUGGUAAAAAAGACUAUUUGAUACCAUUAAAAAAUUCAAACUUUUAUAAAAUAUAUAUUAUAUCAAAUGUGGUACGAUCACAUUGGAUUUAUUUGACAAAUGAACCACUGGAAAACAAUGAUAACAAAUGGUCAAUAACAGACAUUACAGAAUGGUUAUUACCCAUUCCACCAUUAUAUAGUAAUAUAAAAAUGAUGAAAAUCAAUAUAACAGAUGUUAGCAAAAAGUAUGAUUAUAUUCUUUUACGUAUGACCGAUCAUGCUACGACACAAAUAUUUCAAGUGAAAAAUAAUAAUGAUGAUGAACGUCAUAUUCAAUUUCAUUCGUAUGGUUCAACGACGUAUCAUUUCAAUUCUACUGGUUAUGUAAAACUAUAUAUUCCAAAUUUAACCUAUUUAUGGCAAGUUUAUGGUGUUCAAUUAGAAUCGUCAAAUUGUCCUACAACAAAACAAAGACCAUUAAUCCAUUUUCAUGUACCAUGGUCAAAUGAAGAUGUUUACAAUUUAGUAACACUUAGAGAUCCAUCAGCAACUCGUUCGUCAUCAGCGUCAUCAUCAUCUUCUUCAUUGUUAUCUGUACCAUUAACACGAAAUAUGCUUUUAAAACUUCAUCGACCACGUUUAAAUUUUUCUAAGAAUGACGAUUAUCCAUCAUUAGAAUUAUUUUUAAAUGUUCAAUGUGCAUAUACAUUAACGAUAACCUAUUCUUAUCUCGAUAUAUUAUCUCAAUUUAUACGCUAUUAUAUAUUUUUAUUGCCCAGUUUUUUAUUUUCUGUUUUGUGUAUAUCAUUGGCAAUUCAAAUUCAUUUUCCUACAAUGAAAACAUACGAGACAAUGUUUUUAUGGUCAAUACAUUUACCAAUUGCCGGAGCAUUAACAAUAUUUGAUAAACUUGUUAUUGUUCUAUAUCCUCUUCGAUCAAGUGAUUUAAUUAUUCAUUUAUAUGCUACUGGUUACUAUUUUUUUCUAUUACCAUUUGUAUUUUAUUUAUUAGCAUUAACAAUACUUGCUAUAGUAUCUUACUUAUUUGAUCGAUUAUGUUUUGAUUUAAUACGAUAUUUUUGUCAAAAUUUAUUUCAAAUGACCUACAAUGAAUUACAACGAUAUCAAAAUUCAGCAAAAUAUGUUAAAAUAUUAUGGUUUUUUAUUCUUAUCUCUUGUACACUGUUAAUUAGUGGUUCAUGUGGUCAAAUUGCACUAUGUUACAUCGCAUUUUUUCAUUGUUUAUAUUGUGGUUAUAUCAAUAGACCAUUACGUGAAAUUUUAACAACAUUAUUCUUAUUUCAUCUAUUAUUAGUUAGUCUUAAUUUAUCUGGUUUUAUCGUGCACAUACGAAGGAUGGGAGGAGCUAAAAGUUCCGCUUCGCAGAAAGUGGCUGGCAGAAAAAAGUUUUGGCAGAAAGUUGCUUGUGGAAAAACGGCAAAGAUUUUGCCAGAAAAUCCAAAAAUGUUUUUAGAGAGGAGCCAGCUCCUCCUGAUCGGGAAGCCUAAGUCACCUGAUUUAAUUGAAACAUAUGAAGUAGUUUCAUCUAAAAUAGAGAGAAAUAAAUAUUUACAUGACAUUAAUGUAUCUGAAAAUCUUGGAAUACUGUUACUCGAAGUAGACUGCACUUCAACGAUUUGUCCAUUAUCAAAUCGAUGGAGAUUGUUUGAAUAUUCGGAAGGAAUUCGUCCACUAAAACCACCGGAAGUUAUUCUCAGCGAAGCGGAGCUGUUUGAAUUAGAAUUUAAUGGCAUUGAAUCUUUAUUUUGUCCUGAGUCCUAG